CAAUUUUAUUGCAAGAUUUCAAUAAAAUAACAAAACUGACGUGUACUCAUUGUUGUAUUAUUAUUGAGAAAUUUUGAGUUUCAUGUAGUUUGUAAACAUAAACAUAAUGUCGGAUACCGAGAGGCUCGUGGACAAUGGUGGACCUUCGAGAGAAACUUUAAAUAAUGGGUCUGAAGGUGACCGGCCAGCAACAUCGGAACGGGAAGCAUAUUUUCAAGCACUUCGUCUAUGGAUCCAACAGGCACAAAUGUAUCAAAAUAUAUCCACUUGUUUCCCGUACUAUAUGAUGACAUUGCAGGGACUCCAAAACAGCUCAACGAAUGUCCCUUUACUGAAUAAUAAUUAUCAGUUUCAAGGGCAACAGUUUCCUUUUCAAGUACCAAUUCCUCCUCGACAACCACCAGAUAAUCAAGUUCCAGGUGAUCCUCAAUCACCAGCUGAAAUUAUAGCAAGACAUGGUGGGUUUGAAUAUGUUAUUCCACCUUUGUAUAAGAGGCUUUUUGCAGAGUUUAUUGAUUUCAUGCUGCUGUUUAUUCUGAAACUCAUUGUUACAUUCAUAGCAGUAGACAUGUUUGAAUUAAUCGACCUUGAUAAGUUUGAUUUGUACAAAUUCAGUGAACAUUAUGAUGACUACAAAUAUGCCAUGGAACUCACAUCAGAAAUACUUCUUUUAGAAAUAAUUUACAGAAUAUUAGUAUGCAUAUUUGAGGCAUUCUGUUUAAGUGGAAGCGUCGGCCGGACAGGUGGUGCAACUCCUGGCAAAGCCCUACUUGGCCUAAGGGUAGUCACAGCAUCUGCUGUCUUACCAGUCGAAGGCAGGCCCAAAGAAACAGUCAUAUUAUAUCCUGGCAAACCACUCAGUUUCAUUGUAGCAUUAUUCAGAUCACUAAUGAAGAAUUUCUUAAUAUCUCUUUUGUUUCCUCUGUGUGUUGUGCUCUUCGUUUUUCGUCAUAAUCGUACAGGAUAUGAUUUAUUAUGUGGUGUUGUAGUUGUUGAGGAAAACAUGUUUCCACCUCGACGGCAUGCACCAUAACUUUGCAAAUAAAAAAAAAUAAACAUCCUGCAAAAGUAUACUGAUACAAGCAUAUUGUAAAUUCUUGAAUGGGUAAAAAUGAUUUUUUCACACAUACAAAGCACAGCUAUAAUAUAAAAUGAUGUUAAUAUGUUGUGUAUAUUGUUUUGGUGUAUCUAAAGAAAUCUACAUAAAUUGCAAUAAUAAAAAUUGCCAUAUAAAUAUUAACAAUCAUUAACAACCAAAUAGUAGUAAUGGCUUUCAUAUAUAUUUUUGUAGGAUUAUCAGCAAUGUAAUGCGAACUUCUUAUAUUAGUUGGUAAAACUAUGUUCAAUUAAUUAAAACUAUUUUAUUAAAUUGAUCUUAAAUUUAUGUUUUCGUAUGAAGAAACAUUUUGUAUUUCCUGUAUUUUUUUUUUGAUAAAUGCUCUUAUUUUCGUAACACUGAUAAAAAAUAUUGUGCCAUUGCUUUAUGCAAUUGUUGAAAUGUUACUGUAAAUUGAAGGAUUAAACAUUUUAUUUUUAGGAAACAGAAUAGAUGUUGGGAAUUCACUCAAAUAUUCUUUUAGUUUUAUUGUUGUAAAAAUGUUUUAGCUAAGUAAUUUUUAUCAUUCUGAUUUAACAUAACUUAUUCUUUCUUGUAGAAUCAAAGAUAUUUUUAAAGAAAUGUUUAAGAUAAAUAAAAUAUUGGGGUAAUAUUGUAUAUUCUUAAUGUGUAGGUAGUGUAGUGUCUCAGAUAGGAAUUAUUUGUGAUAAUUUUUAACAUUUUAUCAAAACCUAUUAUCAAUAUAUUUCAUACGAAAUUAAAUAUGAGUAUCUAUCAGAUAUUGAAUUAACUAUUAAUUACUGAUGUUACAUAUUUUUGUGAUAAUUUAUUGUAAAUUAUUAUUUUGUAC